GCUUGGCGGCGGUGCGUCCAACAUAACGACCGUGUGGAGUUCGAGGAUAAUUUCUCGAGCGCAUUGUCGUUUUCGUCGUUGUCGUUGUACGCUCUUGCGAUCAAUGAGUAUGGUUAAGUUUUUAUCGUCUCGCCAUUGUGUGCACUCUAAAUUUAGACAAGAAUGCGCGCAGUAAUUAAUAGCACCGCCGCCAGCGCGGCUCCCCCGUAAUGUGUGUCCUCUCUCUCAUAAGGAUGUGAGACCAACCGAGAGAAAUGUCUCCGCGAGGAUGAUGACGAAGAUGAGGUUCAAACAGCAGCAGCAGUGCGAUCGCGUAAUGCAAUCUCCCUCGGCGAUGACGGUGCUCGUGAUUGAAUUGUAGGCGAAUCUUUGAAAUAUCAUGGUUUAAUACGUUGUCAACGUGAGAGAGAGCUGCCUUUGCACGAGGGUUAAUAUGGAUUCGCCACCCUCUUACUCAUUAAGUGUUACUGGACCGCUAAGUGAUAUUGGUAGCAGCGGUAUUGGAGGCUCCAUAUCCAGUGACUCUGUUCGGGGACAUUUUGCUACUACAGAGCUGCAGGAAAGUGACAUGGAAAGCAAGUCUCUGUCACAAGACUCGUUUGACUAUUCAGAUGGGAUCCAUGGUGAGAAUUUCAACACACUGAAAAAAGGGCCUAUGUGGACAGAUGUACUGUCGGCUGCAGCAGCAACUGUGGCUGAACAGAGGAAACUUGAGGAGAUUGCCAUCAAACCACCUCUAGAGUUUCAAGAUAGCCCGUCACCACCAGAUACCUCAGCUUCUUCUCUGGAGCCUCUCACCUCUGAUACCCAUACUAUUUUAGAAGCCAGGAGAAAAGCAGCUAAUCCAUGUAUUAUUGAGUUUGCUGAGAGUUUAGUGGAGACAAUAGUUGAGGAGGCUCUGGCUAUUUCAUGUAGAAUAUCGUGGCCAGAGGGAAGAAUUAUUUUAAAGCCUAAGCAUACGCCUAAUCAUGAUGUGAUGCAUGUGACUUGCAAUAAUAGAAUCAGUAGAAACAAUUCCUCGCGUUACUGGACAUCGGACUAUUUGACGUCGUCGUCUCCAGGUCUGGCGACAGCAGGUUACCAAGGUGCCAUAACGAUUACACCUUUUAGCACCUUAAAUCGACCAAAUUCUCGUUCGUCUUUGGCCUCGUCUCGUUUAUCCAGCUCGCACAAUUCGAUCAACACCGCAGGAUUGAGUAAUAAAGCAGAUGAUAGUAGUUUCAUUACUUCGGCAAUGUCGCAUGAUAUCUUGACUACUAGUCAAAUUAGUGACAUGUACAAUGUACCCUUUGAUUCGGAUAUCUAUACUGUCCCUAUCGAUGUGGUACGGCCGUUUCACCAUGAGCUAAGAACUCCUCAAAGGCCAAAGAGGCAUAAGCAUCAUCGGAAGAGGCGAAGGAAUGUAUCUGCCAGUCAAAGUGAAUGCGAGUUUCAUAUGCAAGCGAGACAUUAUUGUGGUGGGAUGCCUGGGAAAACUAGAUCCAUUGGCUAUGUGGUCAAGUCACAGAAGAUGCUCGCUGAGUGCUGCAAUAACUUCGGCGCUACAUCUCUUAUUGGUGGUUCUACUGCUAAUGAAAUUUGUGGAACGACAGGCAAGCGCCACAGUGUGCCGGGUACUUCAGUAGCAGUAGCAGAAGUAGCGACAGUAGGCCGCCGACAGCAACAGCAGCAGCAACAGCAGCAGCAUCAUCACCGAACGACCGCAAGAAGUUCACACGUGCGCAACAUUGGCGAACCAAUUCAUAUGACGUUGCACGAGGUACGCCAAUACUUGCAGACAUUGUAUUCGUCUGGUUCGAGCGAAAGUUGCGCCGAGGCGAAAAUGAAGCGCGCGGGUAAGAUGCAGCAACACGCUGUGAUACCGAAACUCCUCAACCUCAAUAACAACAAGUACAGCAAUCCACACAACGCGACUGACUCAUCGACAACGAACACGCCAAUAUCGAAUAAGAGCAGUAACGGCCUCAUUCAGCAUAAUAACAAUAAUAUCAACAAUAAUAAUAACAACAACAAUAACAGUGGCAAUGCUAAGAAACACAAAAAGAAUACGCUAUGCACGCUCAGAAGCAAGAAGGUGAAAGACGAGCAGAGGAGCGACGAUUUGAGAUUGGUGGAUGGAACUGAUGGCAGUGCAGGUGGCAACAGAGAGAAAAUGAAGAAAAGUCAGAGGCAUUUCACCCUCAAUCUCAAGCAGACUUUGUGCAAUAUUUUCAGGUUUAAAAAGAUAGGCUCGCCGGAGCAUCAGAUAGUAACGAAACAUCGUAAUAACGUGAUUCAUCAACAACCACCACUCUCAGACACGAUAGUCCAUCCAGACGAUGACGAUUUGGUAGCCGAUUACGAGCAACAUCCACAGCAGCAGCAGAACAAUAACAAUGGUGGAGCAAUGAUGAACGGCGAUCUUAAUGAAUUUGAGACGAGCACUCAAGUUGGUACAAAAUUGCCAUUUUUCAAACGUGCACUACCGCCUUUACCAAAGAGCAAUGGACAUGUCGAGAGUCGAAUUAAUUCGCAAAUUGAUGGUGCAAUUGCCAAUGGAAUUAAUGGGGGGCCGCCAAGGUGUGAAACACCCGCACAACAACCCAUAGCGUCGGAAAAUGACGACGAACAGGUCAACGAAGAUACCAGCAUGGACUUUGCUGCUAGCAUUGAGAAAGUCAAGGACUAUGGCUGGUAUUGGGGACCCAUAAGCGGCGAAGCUGCAGAAAAGAUUUUAUCCAAUGAACCGGAUGGGUCAUUUAUCGUGCGAGAUAGCAGCGACGAUCAUUAUAUAUUCUCGUUGUCAUUUAGGCUGAACAACUGCGUUCGACAUGUCAGAAUUGAGCAUGAUCAGGGUAACUUCAGCUUCGGUAGCUGUACAAAAUUCAAGUCGCACACAAUUGUUGAUUUUAUUGAGAACGCAGUGGAACAUUCACGAAGUGGACGCUACUUAUUCUUCUUGCAUCGUCGUCCAGUCCUCGGCCCCAUGAGAGUACAACUUCUGCAUCCAGUCUCACGUUUUAAGCAAGUCCAAAGUCUUCAGCAUACCUGUCGCUUCGUCAUUUUGAAAAUGGUCCGUAAGGAUUUGAUACCAACGUUACCGUUACCACGACGAUUGAUCGACUACUUGUCGGCACCUCAUUACUACAGCGAACAAUUGGCAUGUGAACAAGAGGAGCGAGUAGAGUCACCUGUAAGCUCAUCUACUGGUGAACUUGAAAAAAUAUGCUUUACCCCUCAGGGCCUAUCGUGAGCGACGCUUUACACAAGCGAGGAUAUACCACGAUGCCCAUGACGAUACUUGUGUAUUAUAUUUCGAGGACUGUUGCGAGAUAAUGCUCGCGGGUUUUAGCAUGUGCGAAGUAGUAAUUUUUUUUUUCAUUUUUUGGGAGUCAAAUGGAGUUGCUUGGGUCAUUGAGGUGAAAUUAUAAGUGACUUCGGUUCGUGUUUAAAUGCACGAUAAUAUCUGUUAAUUUAUUUGACUAAAUUUUGUUGCGAUGAUCUUUCAGUAAAAGCUGAAGUUGCAAAUGAUACUGUGAUCGUAUAAAAUUUUGUUAUUAUUUGGAUAUAAUAGAGUAAAUUUACUUAUUUUUUAUAUGAAACCAAAUCUAAGUUCGUUUAUAAUUUGAUUUUUAUUACAUUCCAGUAUUUUGUAAAAAAGCAAUGUAAAAACUAAAAGUAAAUUUAGUUUUAUGAGAUAUUAGAGUAAUUUUUGAAGUGUAAUCUAAAAAAUCGAUUAAUUGUAAAAUUGAUUUUAGGGUAAAAUACUUAUUUUGUCUAAAAUUGUCAACAAAAAUUUGAAUUGUAAAUAAAUACGGUAUAUUAUACCUUAAGUAUCACUAAUAAUUUGAAAAAUAAUGUGAUAAAACUUACGUGGAAUUGUGUAGAUUUCACUUAUAAUUUAUUCCUACAAUCAACGAGCACAAGCAAUUCCAAGGGAAAUAAUAAAUGAGCGCUACUGUAAAUAUACGUAAAGACGGUUUUCAUCGAGUCAUUUUACGUGCGGAAUAAGCAACGACGAGUUUAUUUUGAAAAUUCGCGUUGAUUUUUUUUAUAAUAAAUAUAUUAUAUACAGUUACUUUUUCACGCCGAAGAUUAUAUAUUGUUUUAUAUUAAUUAUUAUGAAUUGUUACCUAGAAAAAGUCUGGUUCUUUUUUUUGCUUUCAAGAGAAGAAAAAAACUAUUGUUGCAAAUUUAAAUUAUUAUCAUAAAUAUUAAUAUAUUAUUGUCGUAUUCUUAUAACAAGUAUAACGUGAAUACUUUUCAGCAGAUUUUUCGGGAUUUUGUUAUCUAUCGUGUAAUAAGCAUAAGAUGCAAAGGAGAUAAAAAAAGUUUUAAUCACUCUAUAUGAACGCGAAGUAUUAGGGCAAGUCUUUUUGUACUCGUAUGAAUAUAUUACGAACUAUAAUAAUAUAAACAGGAUACUAAAGUAAAUAAAAGAAAAAAGUAAUGGACUAGGCAUAUAAGACUCGUGUAAAUUUGCGGUUUAGUGAGAAAGUGCGUUAAUUAUACGCACUUAACGAAGUUUGUUUGCCAAGAGACAGAAGAGAAAACCAACCGCAUUAGCAGUGAUCUUGCGAUAUAGAAAAAAAACAUUAGUGCAAUAUGUAAUCAUUCGUAGAGAAAAGUCAUUCUCGCGCGGCCAGCGAGAACGCAAGUAGUAGCGUGUAUAACGUUUGACAUACUUUUUAUAGUCCUACCCCCUUCCUCGUCGAACACGAAGAAUUUGAAGAAAAAAAUAAAACACACAUUUAGUUUCUGAACGUUUUUUCUAUAUUAGUGAUAUAUUUUUAUUACGUACGUUUAGUUAAUGAAAUAUCUUUUGAUGCAUGCGCCUCUUAGUAAGUUGUCAAAACCAAAUAGAGAAAAAGAAGACAACAGAAGCCACACGUUUGUACAAGUUGUAUUGUAUAAUUUAUACGUAAAAUUUUUUACAUUAAACAUUUAUAUUGUCUCUACCUUCGUUUAUAAGCUUCGCCCCAGAAAAAAUCUCUCAUGUCAACAUAGAAAUAAAACACAUGCGAGGGUAGUCUCAAAAAUACCCGACUCAACAAAUGAAAACAAAAACAAAAUAUUUCGAAAAAAAAUAUAUUUAUUCCUCCUCCUCCUUUAUUCUCUACAUAAUUUCCUUUUAUUUCGAUAUAUUUUUCUUAGCGAUGUUCGAUAGCUUCGAUAUCUUGCUUAUAAUUAUUGUUUUCACAAUUUACACGUCUUUGUUUAAACUCUGCUAUCCUUCCUUUUAUAUCGGUUGGUCUGAAACCUUUCAAAUAAAAACAUUCUAUUACACAAAUAUAAUCAAUUUUUUCCAUUUUUAUGAAUUCACUAAAAGUGUCAACUAUUGAUAGCUACCAAAUAAAUACAAACAACAUAUCUUCACGAAACUUCGAACUUAGGUUCCCUGAGGCUAGUACCUUCUAUUAUAAAUAUUGUUUUUAAACAGCAAUCGUAUAACAGUUAUGUCGGGUCGGAUAUUUCUAGGACUGCCCUCGUACAUACAAACACAGCGUCGGUGCUCCGAUAAUUAAUAAGCUGCUUAUUCUUCAGGAUGUAAGAACAAUAUUGAUAAUAAUGACAAAAGCGUGAUACGUAAUUGCACACGCACGCACACAUUGAUCUUUGCAAAUGCAUUUACGUGAUUCCGUUGGCAAACCGUCUUUGUUUUUUCUCUAUUUUCGUUGUCAAUGCACGCGUAGCGAGUAAAUCACCGUGAAUGAUUAUUAUUUGAUUCUGUUCCUCAAUAAAAUGUUUUUGCAAGCAAUUUUUGUACUGAACAUCUAGCGCAGAGUAUACGACUUUUUGCAUACCAUGUAAAUUGAUACCACCUCCGAAAAUACCUAUCAUUCAUUACCUACAGACACGCAGUAAUUGACGUUAAUAUAAAUAUAAUAAAGAUUUGAUUAGAUGAUAACGAACGAAAUGCAUAAUAGCGUUUUAAUCAAACACAAAGAAAAUAAAAACAAACACGUACACAGACAAAGGUAAAAUAAAGAGCAAGCGAAGACUUCAAUACGUGAUACGCAAAAAUAAUUUUGCGCAGGCAUUGUGAUUUCGUUUAAAAUAAAAUAAAA